AUGGUUUUCGAGUUGGAAUUACCACGGUCUUCGGUUACACGCGACACCACGGCUUUCGAGGGCAAAUCCGACGAGUGCCAGAAAGCCGCAGACCACUCCGAAAUGCUUUCUAUUUCCGUUCUAGACGUUCCAUCAUUCUCUCAAUCGAAUCAGCCAAAUUCAAGUACCCCCCUAAUUCAAGUGAACCCCUCUAAUAUCAGUUCCAAGAAACGGUUUGACUUUCAAGUUAAACUUGUGCCUAUUUAUAUAAAACACCUCAUCUAUUUAAAGAUUACAAUUACGGAGAAACAUUAA